AUACAAAUAAUUUUUCUCUAUACCGGAUGACUUUUUUUACCGUCUCGAAAAAAAAUGGGUAUAUUAUGUGAACGGAGUAGAAGCUUAUGCCAUACCUAAUUUUUUUUUUCUUUUUUCCAAAGCUUAGAAAAAAAUUGAUCUAUCAUCAAAAAACGCUAUAAAUUUAAAGUAAACCUGUUCAUAUUAGAACAAAGAAAGAGAAAUUUUGAAAAAAAAAUAUCAAUUGAUAAAACAUAUCAAAUUUCAAAUCAUACACAAGUCGCGAAUGAUUUUAAUUUGGAAGUUUUUUUUUUUUCGAAAAAAAAGAAAAAAAACUAAGUAUGCCAUUUGCUUCUACUCCGUUCACCUAUUAUACCCAUUUUUUAUCGAGACGGUAAAAAAAGUCAUCCAGUAUAAGCAACCUAGGUUGAAUACAAAAUAAAUUUUAAAAUAUUACAUUAUAAUAAAAUAAAAAUAUUUCUCUUUUUACAGGUACCUAACAACAGGAACAUCAUUCCGGAAAUUAUCAGUACCUUUCCGUAUUUCAAAAACAGCCAUAGCAAGCAUUGUGUUGGAAGUUUGUACUGCUAUUUGGAAAAAUAUGCAUAACAAACACAUGAAAUUUCCCAGUACUGAAGAAUUUAAAACUAUAGCAGAAUCUUUUUCAAUGAAAAAUAAAUUCCCACAUUGUUGUGGCAAUUUGGACGGCAAACACAUUCGUGUCAACAAGCCGGCGAAGUGUGGCAGCAUGUACUACAAUUAUAAAAUGUACAACUCCAUUGUACUGUUAGCUGUCACAGAUUCAAAAAAUAAGUUUAUAAUUAUUGACGUAGGUGCAUAUGGAAAAGACAGUGAUGGUGGUGUACUCAGUAAUUCAAGUUUCUAUCAAAAGCUGGAAAACGGAGAUAUUCAACUUCCUCCCGCAGAACCAUUACCGAACUCUAACAUUAUGGCACCUUAUGUGUUUUUAGGAGACGAGGCAUUCCCACUAAAAACAUUUAUAAUGCGACCUUAUCCAAGAAGGCAAGCGACAGAUGUCACAAAAAUAAGAUUCAAUAAAAGAUUAUCUGCUACGAGAGUUGGCGUAGAAUGCACAUUUGGAAUGAUGGCCUCGAAAUUUCGAAUACUUUAUAAACCUAUAGAGACCUCGGUUGAAAACGCUAUUAAAAUUGUAAUGUCAAUCUGUCUCUUGCACAAUAUUUUAAUAGAUAUAGACAAAACAUAUUAUAGCGAUAGCGAUCGACAACACCUUAUAUAUCGUCGACGGCUCAACACAUUGACGACAUUAAACAGAGCCAGGCGUAAUAAUAACACUUCCAGAGCUGCGAUUAUUGCAAGACAGAAUUUUACUAAUUAUUUCUCAAAUUCGUCGUGAAUAAUGUAUUAAAGAAAAUAAGUAAUAAAUAAAAAAUAUACUCACUUGUUU